AUGGCAAUUGACUAUUCUAAAUGGGAUAAAAUAGAAAUUUCCGAUGACUCAGAUAUUGAGGUUCAUCCCAAUGUUGAUAAGAGAUCGUUUAUCAAGUGGAAGCAAAGAGAUAUACAUGAGAAGCGGAUGCAAAGAAACAUCGAGAUUAAAUCGAUAUUAGUUCAGUUAACCAUGUACUCGAAGUUGAACGAACGUUGUGACUACUUGUUAGAUACUUUGAAGCCAAGUCAAUUCUUGGAUAACGGCUUGGUAAUGUCAGCACUUGAUGAAAAAUUCGACCCCAAGGAGAAGUUUGACUAUGAAGAAUUGAUCAAGUCGAAAGGAGAUGAUUUGAGAAAGGGGUUGAGGGAUUUGCAUUUUGAAAAAGAAGAGGUAGAAAAUACUCCUUGCUACAAUGAAAUGAUUGAAGAUUUGUUUAUCCAGAUCAAGGAUGAUCACCCAGAUGCAAAAACAGACUCUAGUGCAUUGAUUGAAUACUUGAAAGAGCACAGAAACAAGAUCGACGACGUUUUGAGUAAGCAAACAAUCAAGUUGGACGAUUUGUUGAAUCAAAAAGCCCAGCUAAUAGUAAGUGACGAUUUGCAUACGGGAUUCGAUAGAUCAUUCUUGAACAAGGCUAAGGACGAAGAUGAGGAGGAGGAGGAGGAGGAAAAGAAGGAGAAGGAACCAAGUAAAGAAGCUGAUGAGCUGAAAAAGUCGCUGAAAAAAGCAUCUAAAACAGUAACAACUACUGAAACAAUUAAUUCACCAUCCAUAAAAAACUCCCUGGAAGCAGCAACAGCAACAGCAACAGCAGCACAGAAAGAGUCGGAUAUUUUGGAUGAGUUGAAUCUUGCUCCGGAAACAGAAAAAUUUGGAACUUUAUCAACAACCGAUCUUAUAGAGUCGGCAAACUACUUGAUCAAACAUACAAAAAUUUGCACGGAACAGCAGAAAGAUGCGUUAAUUAUGUCGGCAUUUGAAGCUCAAUUGGAUGGAAAAUCAGAAAGAGCAAAACAAAUCAUUUAUCAAUCUUUGAUUUUGCAAUAUGUGGCGCAAUUAAAAGGUAAUAGCAAAACUCGCGACGAUACCAUACGUGCAAUAAAGUUAUUCUUCAGUAAAUUCAAAGAGGAAGAAAAAUUAAGGGCCUUUUUUAAUGAAGAGUACCAAAAUACUGUGAAUCACAUUUUCAGAAGAUGUCAGAUCAUCAAGCAAGAACAAGAAGCCAAUAAAUCAAAGGGUGGUGAUGAUGGUGAAGAAGAGGAAGCACUAAUACAAUUGAGAGCCUUGGACGAAAAUACAACAUUAUCGGUAAACAUUCCCAAGGAGGGUACCAAAGAAUACGAAGUUUUUAAAACCAAGCUACCUCUUGAAUUCCAAAAUGCAAUAAAAUCACAAAGCUUGGAGGAAAUCAAUAAGGAAUUUGCAAAGUUGAAGGUAGAAGAUGCUGAAAAGAUUUUGGAAAUUUUUAAUGAAUGUGGUGCAAUUAGUGUGGAUGGGUAUUUGGAUAAUGAGAAGGAAUUUGAAGAACUACAAAAGGAAUAUAAUGAACAAGAAGAAAAUAUUGCUCAUGUUGAUGAUCUGAAAGAAUAG